CCUCACACACACGCAUCACAAAAAGGAGGAAGGCUGCCUCCUUUUCUCUCCCGCACUCGCCCGACUGCGUGGUUGCAGCCGCACACAUCCCCGCCUCUCCUCCCCGAGCUCCUCCGAUGAAUCCUGCGUCGGACCUCACCACCCGGCAUCGACGCCGUGCGGCUAUUUCUCAUCCGUUGGAGGAGUAACAAAAAAAGAAAAAAGAAAAGGCAAACCAGGGGGAGGCAUGAUGAGAACACUCCCGCCACCAACCAGGGAGGAGCUGGCAUGGACCCCUGUGUCUAAAUGAAGUGGUUCCGCCAUGCAAUGUUCCUGGAAGGCAGUGAUCCUGCUGGCCUUGGCCUCCAUCGCCAUCCAGUACACGGCCAUCCGUACGCUCACUUCCAAGCCCUUCCAGCUGUGCACCUUGCCCAGUCCGCAGAACUGCGGUCUGGGGGAUCCGGAGACCGAUCCGCCCUUUGAGCGGGGGUCAGCCGGUUGCGAAGACUACCCUUACGUUUACUUAAACGCCACCCGGAAAACACACGUCCUGGUUUUGGCCACCACUCGCAGCGGGUCCUCCUUUGUCGGCCAGCUUCUCAACCAACACCAGGAGGUUUUCUACCUGUUCGAGCCUCUUUAUCACGUCCAGACAACACUGAUCCCCCGUCUGUCCCACAGCCACAACACCGCGGACCGCCGAGUAAUGCUGGGCGCUAGUCGAGACCUCUUGAGAAGCUUGUACGGCUGCGACCUGUAUUUCCUUGAGAGCUACAUCAAACCGACACCCACUAACCAUACUACGGACAAGCUGUUCCGCCGUGGCGCCAGUCGAGCGUUGUGCCAGCAACCUGUCUGCGAUGCGUUUGGCCCUGCUGAUCUGAACGUGGACGAAGGGGACUGCGUGAAGAAAUGCUCACUUCUAAACAUGACUUCGGCCACCGAGGCCUGUCGGGAGAAACAACACGUGGCCAUCAAGAUUGUCCGAGUGCCAGAGAUCGGGGAUCUCCGCGCCUUGUUGGAGGAUCCUCGACUGAAUAUCAAAGUCAUCCAGCUCGUCAGAGACCCUCGUGGAAUCCUAUCAUCCCGGAUUGAGACAUUCCGGGAUACGUACCGACUGUGGCGUAUCUGGAGGGCCACGGGACGAAAGCCUUAUAAUCUUGACUUGAGUCAGCUCACCGUUGUCUGUGAAGACUACCGAAGCUCCGUUUCGACGGGUCUAAGCCAUCCGUAUUGGCUGAAGGGAAAAUACAUGUUGGUUCGCUACGAAGAUCUGGCGAAAAGUCCACUCCAGAAGACGAAGGAGAUCUACGACUAUCUGGGGCUGCCCAUGGAUAAGAACGUGGAAGACUGGAUACACGCCAACACUCGCGGAAGCAACGAGCCGUCGGCGAAACACAAAUUUGGGACGAUACGAGACUCCGCCGCUAACGCGGAGAGUUGGCGCUUGAAACUGUCUUACGACAUGGUGGAGUACACGCAGACUGUGUGCCAGAAGGUUCUCCACCAACUGGGAUACAAGACUGUGAGGUCGGUGGAAGAACUGAAAAACGUGUCUAUCUCCCUGGUGCAGGACAAAACCUUUGCACCUUUUUUGUAACAAAGAUAGUUCUCUACAGGCUAUUUUUUGAUAUAUUUAUAUAAUUGUUGCCUUUCAUGGUUGUUUCUUUCAUUACGUCUCUUCAAAAUUUGCACUAAAUGAAAAUUUGAAUGCACGGAGCCGGGACCUGUGGAUGAUCCCCCUAAAUGUUACGAACAGCACACCUAAAAGGAAUCAAACAAGCUAGUUUACAAAUGUGUCCUUUAUGUUUUUUCCCCCAUGAAGAGAACAGGACGCUGUUUUUACUCGUUUUGUGGAUGCAAGUAGUUCUUUCAUCGAAACCUUCAAAAAAAAAAAAAAAUUGGUUGUCAAUUGGAAUGGGUCAUGUUUAUUUUACUAGGAAUGACAAAACUGUGCAAUAAAUAGUGAAUGUUGCAGUCGGA